UCGAAAGAAGAAGCUCAUCUGCGCGCGCGAGCGCUUAGUUAUAAUUAAGCCGUGCGACGUAGGCGCGCGCUCGAAAAAUCGAUAGGCUCCCGCAGCAGUGCACACGUCUCUAUCACGGAGCCCUUGCCCCCUCGGCUCGAGUCCUCGAUCGACCCCUGCUCGCGCGCGCACUCUAUACGCUGCAGGCUUUGCACGGCGCGCACAUGCCUAUUUUGCCUCGACGGGAGCGCAAAAAGAGAGACCGCGGCAUUCGUGCGGAUUAUGCGCGCAGCUCGCUGAUGGGCGGCGCCGCGGCGAGAAGAACGAGUAGAGGCACUUUUAUUUCUCGCCGCGGGCUCUCCUCGCUUUUCCGGCGCCGAUCGAGGACGACCCUUAUCUCUCGUCCUUAUCGCGUGAGGCCCGUGCGACGGGCGCGUGACUUUGCUGCAAUCGAGAGCGCGCUGUUACGAGCCAAGGAGGAAAGCAUUUUCGAGCCAGCGGCCUCGCGGCGACCAGUUUUAAAUUGCUCCAGUCGGUCGCUAUCGCUGGCCCAGCCGGUGGGGCGGCCGGAAUAAAAGACGCGACGCGCGUUCCGGGAAAGUCAAAAGUCUAGGACGUCGCGCCAUUUCCGCACACCUAUACCCGUCUAGAGCCCGAGCAAGACUCCGAGCAGAAUGCAGCGCCUCUUCCUGCUGUUGGUCGUGGCCGCGGCGAUCGCCGCCUCCGCGAGCGACCGGAACGAGCCGAGCGUCGGUGGGCCCGCGGCGGAAUCGGAAAACGACAGCGGCUCGCUCCUGCAGACGAUCGCCGACAAGGUGAGGCCGGUCCCGGUGAUCGGCAAGCCCGUGGCCCACGGACUGGAGGACGUGGACGACCUACUGAGCAAAUUGUAGCCGAUCACGUUGUACUCGGCGAUGAGAUGAAUAAAUUUGCAGUCGAUUACUGACUUGCCGACCCGGCUACCGUUCAUUCGCCCGUCCCCGCCGAUGACCGCUCCUCCGCUCCUCUCAUUCGUUUCGCGUCCCGCGUUCACCCGAAGCUCUUGUUCCUGCUUUCAGUGACUGUUGCUGGCCGAGCGAGCUACCGAUGACGCAGUGGACAUGAAUUGGUCGUCCAGAUGCUCGCCGCUGCGGGUCCUCAUUUUCAUUCUCCUCAAAUGCGGCCGAACGAGAGCGAUGCUGGCGGCGGAGGAGGCGGCGGCCCCGCGGCUGCUGGUGGCCGCCUCGCACACGGCCCUCUCGGGCGACCUCGGCGUCCUGAUCAUCGAGCUGCAGCCGAGUGCGGCCCGCGCGACCAGCCCCGGGCCCGCCGAGGCCGCGGACACCGUUGAGCUCGCCGACGGCGGCGACUACGGCCAGAUCCCGCUGCAGGAGCCCCUGGCGCUGAGGGUGCUGCGCCUGGACGGCUUCGCGGCCGAGGCGGUGGGCGAGGUGCCGGUGCAGGUGCCGAACGUCGCCGGGGUGAACGUGUCGCUGGUGGUGCCCUGCGGGCUCUUCUCGCGCGGCGGCAGCUACUCGCUCGAGCUGCGCCGGCGGGGCGCGCUGCUGCGGCGCGCCGGCCUCGAGGUGCGCUGGCCCCAGCCCGCGCUCGCGCUCGAGCCCCAGCGGCUGGAGAGCUUCCCGAGCCAGCCGGUGCUGGCCAGCCUCGAGUACGCGGGCGUCAGCUGCGAGCCGGCGGCCGGGCUGCCGGUGCCGCGCUUCAGCCUGCAGCUCGUCUACUGCGGCGCGAGCGUGCUCUCCUGCGACCCGCGCAACCGCAGCCAGGCGCAGCGCGCGGCCGAGCUCUACAGCGAGGAGGUGCGCGGCUUCCCGGCCCAGCGGCUGCUCACGCUGCGCUGCGAGUUCUUCGGGCUGGCCGGGCACUACGCGCUGCGGCUGCGGCCCGGCCCGGCGGAGCCGAGCGCCCCCACGAGCAGCGCCUACAUCAAGGUCGAGUGGUCGGACCUCUUCGUCUUCAACGUGCGCGCGCGCUCGGUCUACCCGUGCUCGGCCGGCGGCGUCUCGGUGCUCUUCGAGUACCCGGCCUGCCGGCUGCCCGGCGACCGGGUGCGCCUCUACGGCCGGCUGCGCGCGGACGUCGCCUCGCUGGCGCCGCCCUCGAGCCUGCACUACGUCGCCGAGCUGAAGGCGCCGCCGGGCCAGCACGGGCUCGCCUUCGACUGCGAGCUCUUCACCGAGCGCUUCGUCGAGUACUGCUUCGUCUACGUCAGCCAGGCCUACAGCGGCGCCAUGUCCGAGGUGCGGGUCGACUGCAUCCCCACCUUCCCGCUGCAGGAGGCCGACGCCGGCGGCUGGGGCGCCUGGAGCCAGUGGACGCCGUGCAGCAGCUCCUGCGCGGGCGGCACGCGGACCCGGCACCGCUUCUGCGACGCGCCCGCCCCGCGCUACGGCGCCAAGUUCUGCCAGGGGCCGACGGUCGAGAGCGAGGCCUGCGGCGGCGCGGCCCAGCUGGACCUGCGCGGCGCCUGGAGCCCCGGCGACUGGGAGUGCCGGCACGGCGCGGGCCUGGCGGCCGAGCGGCCCGAGGUCGCGGCCGAGCUCGGGCCCGACUGCCGCUGCGGCUGCUCGCUGCGGCUCGCGGACGAGGAGGAGCGGAUCCUCGCGGCGAGCGGCCGGCUCUGCCCGGGCCGCUCCUUCUGGCUGGUGCGCGCGGGCCCGGGCCGCCGGCUGCGGCUGCGCUUCGACCAGGCGCGCUUCCCCUGCGCCCGGGACGAGCUGGCGUACGCGCGGCUGCGCGACGGCGACUCGCUGAUCGACGAGCUGCUGGCCGACCUCUCGGCCGAGCGCCGCGAGCCGCGAGCCGGCCUGCUGACCAGCUCGGGCCCGCGGCUGCUCCUCGAGUUCUUCAGCGACGAGCAGCGCGGCUGCCCCGCCGGCUUCCUCGCCCACGUCUCCGUCCUGCGAGCCCCGGAGCCCGCCCAAGAGCCGAGCCAGCUGAACGAGACGAGCGCCGCCUCGAGGCCGAAGGUCCUGGCUGCGGCGGGCCGCUGGGCCCUCUGGCUGACGCCGGCGCACCUCGUGGCCGCCUCGCUGCUCUGCCUCAUGUUCCUCGCCUCCGUCUUCCUGGCGCUCCAGUACGCCUGCAAGUACCGCAAGUACCAGCUGGCCGAGGACCUCGACAGCCUGACCGACAACUCGGCCUGCAGCGGCUCGACGCAGGCCAUAGCCCGGCGGGCCAGGGCCCUCUCCUCCUCGACCCUCAUCUCCGAGGUCGUCUCGCUGGUCCGGCUGCCCGGCAGGCGCGGCUCGCCGCGGCACGCGCGCCUCGAGGAGACGAGCGUCGGCGAGCCCGAGGAGGGCUACGAGAGCACCGGCAGCCCGAGCGCCUCGAGCGCCUCGAGCGCCUCGGGCGCCUCGGCGAGGACGCUCGCCGCCGAGCCGGCCGGGCCCCAGCCCGAGGUCCGAUACGCCCGACCAGUUAAGCUCCGGACUUUCGGGCCGAUAAGCCCCGUGUCGGAGGAGGCCGCCUCGAGGUCCGAAGAUGGCCGGCGACUCAGCGCCACGAGUGCUUCGACCAGUCUGAAUAACGGCUCCUCGCCGGUGAGCAGCUCCUCCAACUCGACGCUCCGGCGCUACGGCGGCAGCGGCAGCGGCACCGGCAGCGGCAGCGGCAGCGGCAAGGCGUCCAAGGAGCGCCGGAACCGCGAGCGCCUGCUGCAGGGCCCGGGCUCGGAGCUCAGCCUGGCCAACCCGGAGCUGGACCUCGAGCUCGACUACUACGACUACAACGUGCUGAACGCGGGCGCCGCGCCGGGCUCCUACCUCGGCAUGGACCCGGCCUUCCUCGUCUGGAUCCCGCCGCUCAGCGGCGACGAGCUCGACGUCGCGCCCUCCGCCGCGCCCUCCGCCGCCGAGAUCGACUGCGGCGAGGGCGCGGCCCUGAGCCCGGCCGAGUACCGGCGCCGACUGCGCCGACUGCGCCGCCGGCCGCGGCUCGCGCGCCACCAGGAAGACUCGAGCGACGCGGAGCUCGAGCCGCAGACCGGCUCGCGCGGGCUCGGCCCCCCGGCCGACUGCCCGCUCCACGACCAGAUCAUCAUGGAGUACAAGGCCCGGCUAAACGAGGGCAUGCUGCCCAUCCACAGGAUACUCGAGGAGUCGCUCCCCAGCGCCGCGGCCGACGUCAUCCCGAACCGCCUCGGCGGCAGGAGGCUGCCCAAGCGGACGCGCCAGGACAGCAGCGAGUCGGACGGCCUGCCGGUCAACGACCUCGACACGCCGCGGACGAGGCGCAGGCUGCUCGGCCGGGAGCUCGGCCGGGAGCUCGACCGCGACUCGGCGACGAUCCUCGAGCUGAACGCGGCGCAGCCGCCCCAGGCCCAGACCGGGGUCAACAUUCCGCUGGCCGAGUUCUCGAGGAACCGGCUGGACUCGCCGGUCAAGGUCCACACCCGCUGCACCGGCUCCAAGGCCCUGGCCCUCGACGCCGCCGAGACCAAGCCGAGCCUCUACGACCUCAUCGCUGACGGCGACGAGGGCAUCAAGUUCGCCGACGAUGACGAGUACGUCGACAACAAGGUCGUCGCGUGAUCCUCGUCGACCGAACCGCGCCUCGCCGCUAAAAGCACAGCGAAGCCUCCAUUGCGUUAUUACUGUUAUUCAGUAGUUUCACCGAGUAGCCUUUUCGAAAAAUCCCUCUCGUCGCUCCCUCCUUCUCCCUACUUCGCUCUGCUCUUAACGAUCGCGCCCAGCCAUCCGCUCAACUGCGCGACGCAGCAUUCCUGUAAAAUAAACAUGUAAAGAUUGCGAGAAUAGCGGUAUACUGCGAUGAGUUAAUUAUUGGACGUAGGACGUCGAAUGUUCUUAGCCAAAGAUGUGAAAUUAGACACAUAUAUAUAUAUACACACACACACAUUCUGUCAGACAGACGAAACUGCGCUGCGAGCUAGUUUCCUAUUUUCCUAACGUGUACAUUUUCGCAACUUGUUAUAAGAAUAUUAUAUUAAGACAAAUCGACGUCUUAUGCCGUCGGGCAUUUUCAGUGCAAUGUAUAAUCAAAGUUAUAUAUAUAUAUACACACACGAACACGCACACACGACCUUGCGUACUGUACAAGUAUAUAAGAAUGAAACUACAGUUUGCAAGACUCGGCACACAUAAUCAUAUGCAAAGAGCAAAAAAAAAAAACGACUAUAAUUCGACAUCACUUGUCUCAUAUCACACUCGCUAAUAUAAGCCGUCAUACAUAUAUACAUUCAGAUGCCUUAAUUUCUCUUAUCGUUUUUCCUGACCAAAGAAGGCGCCUUCAUUUAGACAAUGGCAUAGCUGUUCUUUUGAAUAUACCAAUCCACAAAUGUCACUUCAUAUCAACUUCGCUAUUUGUACUUGUCAAUUCAUCAAUUUUAAUUUUAACUAUAUAUAUAUAUAUAUAUACACACAAUACUAAACACAAAGCAUUGAUUAUGGAGUAAAACAAAUGACGUAUAUUUUGAAUUUGAAGCUCAAGAAGAGGGUUGAAAUUUAUAAAGAUAAUAGAGUUGUUGAGUUAUUUGUAAGACGCGUUAUUAACGUGGCAUCGCGUAAGACCAAUGAUUCAUUAUUUGUAAUGUUUUAAAAGAGUAAAAAUCACCACAUUCACAUGUAAAUCAUUCCUCCAAGACUCACCUAAAAGACUUUAAAUGAAAAACCAACUGUAAAAAUAUGUGUACAAUGAGUGUGUUUAUUUUUCAAGUUUGUUUUUUUCUAGUCAAUCGAUUUCUGUAAAAUAUCUAUUUAUUAAAUUAAUAAAUUGUUAACACAUGCAAAAAUAA